AGGGAAGGGAAGGGGAGGGGAGGAGGGGAGAAGAGAAGAGCUGCAUAUGCAGGGAAGAGAAGAGAAGUGUAGAGAGAAGAAGAGAAGAGAAGAGGAGGGAGGGAGGGAGAGAGAGAGAGAGAGAGAGAGAGAGAGGAAGGAAGGAAGGAAGGAAGGAAGGAAGGGAAGCAAGCGAGCAAGACGACGAAGGGCGCUGCGAACGCAGGAAAGAGAGAAAACAGAAGGUUGAGAGGAAGGGGGGUGGGAAGGGGAGGGGGCAGUCGUUGGGAUUAGAGCAGGAACACGAGCUUGAUUUGCAUCAGGGUUGCCAUCGUUGUGGGGAGUUGCAGUGGGGUCGGAGCGGUGUUGAACCCGGGAGUCUGUCUGUCAGAUGGCGGAGGGAGUGAUCCAAAGGGCCGGAUCUUCGCGGAGAGAGUUGGAUGGAGGGGUGCCGGUUGUGGGAAAUUUGUACGUGAAAGUCGUGCCUCCACCUGAUCUGAACAAGAAUACCGAGUGGUUCUUGUAUCCGGGCGUGUGGACGACGUACCUUCUCAUCAUUGUUAUCGGCUGGCUGCUCAUUCUCUCGGUUUUCAGAUGUUCCGCCGGCACUGCCUGGACUGUCGUCAACCUGACACACUUUGCGGUAACGUACAGGUUUUUCCACUGGAAGAAGGGUUCUCCCUUUGCUGAAGAUCAAGGGAUGUACAACAAGUUAACGUGGUGGGAGCAAGUAGACCAUGGGCGGCAGCUUACUCGCAACCGCAAAUUUUUAACUGUGGUUCCUGUUGUUCUGUACUUGAUUGCGUCCCACACAACAGACUACAGGAGUCCAGUCUUGCUGCUCAACACAAUUGCAGUGUUCGUGCUUUUGAUCGCCAAGUUUCCACAUAUGCACAAGGUUCGGAUUUUUGGGAUCAACUCAGACUACCCAACUUAAAAGACAACCGAAGCAGCGUAAGUGCUGCACAGUGUUAAUCUAGGCUGUUGCAAACUUGUUAAAUACCUAUCUAGUCAUUGGAAAGCUAUGCCGAUGAUUUUGGAUAUAAAGAAAAAAAACACUUAGCCCCAGGUUGAUCAGGUCUUAGCAUAUGACACAGAAUUUACUCACAGCCUCCUUUCAGGACCUAACUCUUGCCUCAUGCCGGUCUUGGUGUGUACCUUGCCUUAGUUUCUGAAAGAAUCCCCAUCCUGACUAUUUCUGAAGUCAGCUGUAGCCUGAAGGAGUCACAAUCAAUCCAUGCGGUAGGUUCUGUAUAGUUGGGCGCAGACCUGAUCUAGCUGCAAGAUCAGGUAGUCUCCACCAACAAAAUCUACCAUUGUAAAAUUCAGCAGUAGCAUUUCAAUCAGAUUUUCCACAGCAAUACUCUUUGUCUCCGGAACUGCAGCUGAGGUAUAUUCUAUUGCGCGUUCACCAUAUAGGUUAAAUGUGAGGUCAUGACGUGGAAAGACGUUCUUCGAUGUCUUCAACAGAAGCCUUCACAGGAUCUGAUGUGACUCUCGUCUCUAUAUAGUGACGUGAAGUUAUAGCCAAUGAACGUUACCUUUUUCGUCACGAGAAUGUAAAUGUAAGCUUGACGUUCUAGUGUUGACAAUGUCUUGGGCAGUCACACCUGUAAUUACAUGGGUCUAUCUGAACUACAGAUGUAAAUGUUAUUUUUUAACUAUGAUAAUUGGUGUUGAUUGCAUCUAAGAGUAUUCCUUAGCUUGUAUAAUCUUCCGUUUCGACUUUUCAGCUGUAUAAGUUAAGUUAGAGUUGAAAGAUUGAAUUGUGAGGUUUUAGAUUUCAUUCUCUGUUCUUUCAUAAUUAUUUCGUGUCCAGCAGACAUGUCAUGCUGGGAACACUAGCCUACUGGUUUUGUGAAUAUGUUGUGCUUGCAAACGUAAGUAAGAAG